AUGGACCUUGAGUAUAAUUCCCUCGGCGAUGGUCUCAGGGAACGUUUGAAUGCCUUCUUCGGUCGGCGGGAUCACUUUAUAGAGGUGAACCCGGGUCGAGUUGUUAUGCCCAAAUCGUUCGCCGAUCUUGGCGAUUCGAUCCGUGCAUUGCCGAUCCGCUCGAACGAUGUGUGGUUGAUGUCUUUCCCAAGGGCCGGAUCAACCUGGGCACAAGAGAUGGUGUGGCUGCUCGGUAACAAUCUCGACUAUGAUGCGGCCCGCAAUCAAAUGCAGCAAGUGCGUACACCGCUGCUCGAGCUGUCGGCCAUCUUUUCGGACGAUCGUAGCGUCGAAGACACCGUGACCCGACACGAGAAAAUAGAUUCGGUACAAUGUGUCGAUCAGAUGGUUGGAAGACGCUUCAUUAAAUCACAUCUACCAUGGCAGCUACAUCCCCGCGAGAUGGACAACGUGCGUCCAAAGAUCAUCUACGUGGUGCGAAAUCCCAAGGAUCUUUGCGUCUCUUACUACUACUACUGUCAGCUAAUCCAUCGGUCUGAAGGUACAUUCGAAGAGCUUUGUGACAUCUUCCUAGCAGAUCUGGCUCCGAUCGGACCGAUGUGGGCUCAUGCAUUAGCUUUCUGGAAGCGGCGCAAUCAGGACAAUAUACUCUUCUUGAAGUACGAGGAUAUGAAGCGUAACUUGCCAGUGGUGAUACGCCGAUGCGCUGAAUUUCUCGAUUUUGGUCGCGAACUGACAGACGACGAGGUGCAAAGGAUGUGUGAUCACCUUCAAUUCGAACGGAUGCAACGUAAUCCCGCCGUCAAUCUAGAACCGCUUAUGAAAGACUCGCCAAUCAUGCAGAGUGAUGCUGGUAUGAAAUUUAUUCGCAAAGGCGAAAUUGGUGACUGGAAAAACCAUAUGGAUGCUGCAUUGUCUGCAAGAUUUGACGCCUGGAUAGAGGAACAUUUCGGAGGGACUGGUUUGGAGUUUGAUUAUGAAUGA